AAAGUUCACUAGUCCGACUUUGGCGAUACAUACAUUGACAAAGUCAAAAAUUUUGCGUUUCUUUAAUUGCCUAGGAGUAUGAAAAUGGUAAGCCGAUUGAAACACGGCAUGAUAUCGUGGCAUAUGCUUGUUCACCGUCGCUUAUAAUAACAUCUCAUACGUUGCUCCCUCCCUCGAACAAUGGAUGCUUAAAGAUCCACGGUUUGCUUCAUUUUUUCCCUUUCAUAUUGUCAUAUUAUCAUACUCUGCACCGAAUAUAGUGGACUUCCAUACAGUAGUGCUACCUCCUUCCAUAAUCUUCGUCUUAUACCUUCGACGUUGGACCCAAACCUUUAAUAGCAUUGAAGUGCUCCACAAUAUUGACUUCCUACUUCGUACUUGAUAUAUCACUACCAAGGGUCUCUUUUGUUAUAUUGAACGCUCGAUUGUAAGUCGAAAUUUAUCGCCAGAGCUUACCUUACUGUACUCUGCCUCCAUACCACACUACGAACAAAAUGAUCACGGAUACGCUUUUGGAUCUGGCCAUUCGGCAUUGGCCUUCGAUAUUGAUUGUUGCAAUUGCCAUCUAUCUCGCCACAAAUCGUUUCAAUCGUGGUAUGAACAAAUAUCCAGGGCCCACUCUUGCUUCCUUCACAGAUUGGUGGAGGUUCUACGAUGUGUAUAAGCGUCGCCCGGAAGUCACCCAUCAAAAACUACAUGCAAAGCAUGGAGAUAUUGUCCGCCUUGGACCCAAUACCCUUUCUUUCGCAGACCCAAAAGCUUUGAAAACUAUCUAUGGAUUGAACAAAGGUUUUGUAAAGUCCGCAUUCUACCCGGUUCAGCAAUCUGUAUCCAAUGGCCAUGCACUCCCAUCACUCUUUAGCACUACCUCUGAGCCCUUCCAUGCCCAACUCCGACGUUCAGUAAAUGCUGCAUUUAGCAUGUCAUCUCUUGUACAAUAUGAGCCACUUGUCACUCGUACGACCGAAAUCUUCCUCUCUCGUACUGCCGAUCUCUUUACUUCACCCACCAGCCAUUCUUCCUGCGAUUUUGCAAAAUGGUUGCAGUUCUACGCGUUCGAUGUCAUUGGCGAAAUGACGUACUCAAAGCGUCAUGGCUUUCUUGAAGAAAACCGAGAUGUCGAUGGUAUAAUUUCUUACCUAGGAAAUCUCUUCGACUACGUUGCACCCAUCGGUCAAAUGCCGAUUCUCGAUAAACUCUUCCUCAAGAAUCCUCUUUACCUCCUCGCUGCCAAAUAUGGUCUUGUGGAUGCCACCUUUCCUGUCGCCAAAUUCGCAGCACAGCGUGUGCGAGAACGAUAUCCAAAAACAGACGGAAAUGGAAUAUUACCUACCGUUGACGCAGAAAUCAAAACAAAUAAAUCACAACCAGAUUUAUUGUCGAAAUUCAUACAGGCAAAACACGACAGACCUGAAUUCAUGACAGAUCAACUCGUUAUGACGAUGGCAGUUUCCAUGGCAUUUGCAGGAUCGGAAACUACGGCGAUUUCUCUUAGUGCCGUGUUCUAUUAUUUAUUGAAGAAUGAACAUUGUAUGCAAAAGCUAAUGCGCGAAAUUGAUCAGAAAUCCAGGGAAGGAUAUUUUGCGGACGGAGAAACGGGUCUAGUUAGUUGGACGGAAAGUCAAGGACUGCCCUAUCUGGAUGCUUGUAUCAAAGAAGCUUUCCGCUUACAUCCAGCAGCGGGCCUACCACUCGAGAGGGUUGUACCAGAACAAGGAAUAGAGAUUGCCGGGGAGUGGGUGAAGGGUGGCACCGUGGUAGGAUGUAGUGCUUGGGUCAUUCACCAGAGAAGAGAGAUUUUCGGAGAUGAUGUAGAGAUUUUCAAGCCAGAAAGAUGGUUGAUAGGAGAAGGAUUGAAUAGGGAAUCAGAGGAGAAAAGAAUUAAGGAGAUGAAUGGAGCGAUGUUAAUGUUUGGAAUGGGCGCCAGGUCUUGUAUUGGAAGGAAUAUCAGUCUUUUGGAGAUUUACAAAUUGGUGCCGAGUUUCUUGAGGAGGUUUGAGAUCGCACUUGAACAUCCUGAGCAAGAAUGGACCUUACACAAUGCCUGGUUCGUACGUCAACUAGAUUUCCGAACAACGUUCCGCAAUCGAGAGCUCGUGCAACCUUGCGCGUAGCCUUUUGAUAAUAGAUUAUAGGUAAUUCGUACAUCCACACUUUUAGCAUCUGAACAUAGACGUUUGAGCGAUACAAUAUACUUUUGGGCGUUUUGUAUCAAUCAAGAAGUGUCAGGUACGGUACCUGCAUACAUGAACUAUUUGGAAUUCUUAAUUUAAAGGUUAAAUGAAAUAAGAAGUCGGAACUACCGGAAAUGAAAAUCAGUACAUCACAAGAUGAAGGCGGAAGAAAGUAGGAAAUUAUUGAGGAAAAAGGCUUCAUUUGACUUUUUGAUCAUUUCCAGGUUCACCGACCUACCUACCAGCAUACCACAAUGACCACCCGAUUGCCACUAGCCAAUCAUCCACAUCAAAACGAAAACCUUGAAGAGUG